AUGGCCGACUGCAGGUCCGGGUCGCGGCCCUCCUCGGGCUUUUCUGUUCUCACGGCAGGCCCCCGGGGGCCGGGCCUCAAGGCGGUGGAGGUAUGCUCGCUGUCGACACCGCUGAGCUGCAGCAGUUCCACCCUGUCGCUGUUGUCUCCCCUCGGCCACCAGAGCUUCCCGUUUGACAACGACGAUGGUGACGGGGAGGAGGAGGAGGAUGUGGACGAAGAUGCUUAUGACUCAGAGGCCAAGGCGGAGAGCCUGAGAGGAGUGGAGUUACAGGGGUGCACCAGCACGGUUGGAUCCGAAGAUAACCAAGAAGAACAGAAGCAGGUGCGCUCACCAGAAAGCAGCCUGACACCGUGGGAAGUGUGGUUUGUUGGCAAAGAAAAAGUAGAACGUGACCGUCUGCAACAGAAGGCUCUAGAGGAAUUAAAUCAACAGCUAGAAAAAAAGAAAGAAGUGGAAGACCGUGAAAAGAGAAAGAUAAUUGCUGAAGAAAAGCACAAGGAAUGGGUUCAGAAGAAGAAUGAACAGAAAAGAAAAGAAAGGGAACAAAAAAUUAAUAAGGAAAUGAAAGAAAAAGCAGCAAAGGAACUGGAGAAAGAACAUUUACAAGAAAAAGCAAAGGAAAAAUAUCAAGAAUGGUUAAAGAAAAAAAACGCUGAAGAAUGCGAAAAGAAGAAGAAAGAAAAGGAAAAAGAAAAACAACGGCAGGCUGAAUUACAGGAAAAAAAGGAAAUAGCAGAAAAAAAGUUUAAGGAAUGGUUGGAAUAUGCAAAAAAUAAACCUCGUCCAGCUGCGAAGAGCUAUGGUUAUGCCAAUGGAAAACUCACAGGUUUUUACAGUGGGAAUUCUUAUCCAGAACCAGCCUUUUAUAAUCCAAUUCCAUGGAAACCAAUUCCUAUGCCUCCUUCCAAAGAAGUGAAGGAUCUAUCAGGAAAGAAGACUAAAAGGCCUGUGAUAAGCCAGCCACACAGGGCAUCCUCUCUGGUAAUGCAUAAAGCUAGAAGCAAUCUUUGCCUUGGAACUCUAUGCAAAAUACAGAGAUAG